CGUUAUGCCGACGUGUUCGUGCUGGUGGCCAACGCCGAGUCUACCCUCAUGCAGACGGAGAAGAAUUUCUUUCACAAGGUCAGCGAGCGUCUCUCUAAGCCAAACAUCUUCAUACUCAACAACAGAUGGGACGCGUCAGCCUCCGAACCCGAAAUGAUGGAGAAGGUUCGCGAACAGCACAUGGAUCGCUGCAUCUCCUUCCUCGUCGACGAGCUUCGUGUGAACACCCUCCAGAUGGCGCUGGAGCGAGUGUUCUUCGUCUCGGCGAAGGAGGUGUUGUUCUCGCGCAUGAAGCAGCGUCAGGGGUUGCCGCCGCAGCAAGCAGCUCUCGGCGAGGGAUUCCACAACCGCAUGGUCGAGUUCAAGAAGUUUGAACACACGUUCGAGGUGAGUGGAAACAAGGCAGGCUGGAUAGACAAUGAGCUGGAGCUGUUCAUUCGAUCCUAUCUCAUUCACGAGGAGUGA